AUGGGGAAAGAGAAAGAAGAUGCAUCCCGCAUAACACCUCCUAUCACUAAUCCAUCAACCCCGCAACACCCAUGGAAUUCUACUUGCGCUGCUGCGUCAAGUACUGCUGCCCUGAGUAGUUCCGCUACCUUGUAUAGUUCUGCCAUACCAAUGAUGGGGCAUCUUCCAACUACCUAUCCAUAUCCAUGGAGCAAUCAGCAACAAACAUGGAACUCUACGAUCGCACCCCUGUCUAGUUUCGCAACUAAUGUUAGCUCUAGUGUAGCUACUAGGUCUAGUGUACAAAGCAGCACUAUUGUAGCUGCUAGCUCUUGUUCGACUUUACCAACAUUUUCCCCUUCGACAAAUGCCAACUCAUAUCCAUGUGGUAGCGAGGAAAAUAAAGUGGAACAAAGUAACUCUAUUGAAGAGUUUAGUGACAAAACAUUAGACUCGAUAGAUUGUGAAGAGCAGUCUACUGCCUCUUUGGGUAAUACUGUUGAGACCAAAGAGGCUGUAUGUUCUGGGUCACUUCAUGUCGAGCAAUCUGAUGGGGGUGAUAUCACUGAGGAGCCAAAGCCAGGGAUGUGCUUUGAGUCGGAGAAUGCGUUGAUGGAUUUUUAUAAACAUUAUGGAAAACAAGAAGGUUUUCCGGUUAUGACACAAAGGAGUAAAAGAGAGAAAGAUGGGACUAUCAAAUAUGUUACUCUGGGAUGUGCUCGUGGUGGCAAGGCACGGAAUAGAACAUCAAAUAUCUCAAGGCCUCGGCCAACAAGCAAGACAGACUGCAAGGCAAGGAUGAAUGUAGUGUUCAAGAAUGGGAAGUUGUGUGUCACAUCAGUUUUUAACACACACAAUCAUGUACUCAGUCCAAGAAAAGCAAGAUUCUUCAGAUGCAACAGAGAAGUUAAUGAGUCAGUUAGGAGGGUGUUGGAUACAAAUGAUCAGGUUGGCAUACGGAUGAAUAAGAGUUUUCAAGCUCUUGUGACUGAGGCGGGUGGGUUUGAGAAUGUAUCAUUUGGAGAAAAAGAUUGCCGUAACUAUAUUGAUAAGGCACAACACCUACGUCUAGGUAAAGGUGGUGCUCAAGCACUGUUGGAAUAUUUUAGAAGGAUGCAAUACAAGAAUGAUGGUUUUUUCAGUAUUAUGGAUGUAGAUGAGGAUGAUAGGCUGAGAAAUGUGUUUUGGGCGGAUGCCCGUAGUAGAGGGGCUUACUACUAUUUUGGAGAUGUGGUAACAUUCGAUACCACAUACUUGACAAAUAGGUAUGGCAUGCCAUUUGCACCUUUCGUGGGUGUAAACCACCAUGGACAAUCAAUUCUUUUUGGUGCAGGCCUUAUUUCAAGUGAGGAUACCGAAUCAUUUGUUUGGUUAUUUAAAAGUUGGCUUGAUUGCAUGGAUGGAAAAACACCAAAUACUAUUAUUACAGAUCAAGAUCGCGCAAAGAAAAAUGCGAUUGCCAUUGUUUUUCCCAACACCAAACAUAGAUAUUGCUUGUGGCACAUAUUGAAAAAGGUCCCUGAGAAACUUGGUUCCCAUACUCAAUACCAAUCUGGGCUGAAAAGUAAGUUACUAUCUUGUGUCUAUGACUCCCUUACUAUUGAGGAGUUUGAGAAUUCUUGGAACAUCCUCAAGGAUACAUUCAACUUGCAUGAAAAUGCUUGGCUGCAAAGCUUAUAUGUAAAGAGAGAGUUUUGGGUGCCUGUAUAUUUAAAGAACACAUUUUGGGCUGGGAUGAGUACAACUCAGCGCAGUGAGAGCAUGAACGCUUUCUUCGACGGCUAUGUGCAUGCCAAGACAAACCUUAAAAAGUUUGUUGAUCAGUUCGACAAUGUAUUGAAGAAAAAAAUUGAGAACGAAAAUCAAGCAGACUUUCAUUCUUUCAACUUCACCAUUCCUUGCAGUAGAUGCAGAGUUUGUAGUUUUUAUGAGGAUGUAUUUGCAGUCAUCUACUUAGUGAACUUGCAGUAG